AUGGCGACCACGGCCAUGCACUACGCCCACUGCGGCGCCAACGACGGCUGCAGGCUCGCCUUCCAGUCCUCGCUGCCCCUCACCGGGGCGGCCUCCGUAACGCAGUGCGUCGUCCUCAUGCACGGCUUCAGUGGCUCGAGCGACUACUUUUACCGCAACUUCGACGCCCUCGUCGCGGCGGGCCUCUGGGUCGUCGCCCCGGACAUGCGCGGCCACGGCAAGUCGGACCGCACGCGGGGCGGGUACCACGUCGCUCGCCUCGCCGCCGACCUGCACAACCUCGUCGCCCACCUGCGCCGCGCCGCGCCGGACGUCAAGUUUGUACCCGUGGGCUGCUCCAUCGGCGCCGCCGUGCUCUGGACCUACGUUGAGCUGUUUGGGUGCGUCGACUUUGCGGGCUUCGUCUUUGUCGACCAGGCCCCGCUGCAGGACCGCUCGCCGUUUGACGGGUGGGACGAGAGCAAGGCGCACACGGGGUGCUACGACGAGAAGAGCAUGCUGGCCGCGCAGCAGUUCUGGAUGAACGAAUCCGCGGCCGCGCACGUGGACCUCGUGGACGGGUGCUUGGGGUACCGGGCGAAGCCCGACCCGACCGACAACGUCGCGCCCGAGACGAGGGAGAAGGACGAGGCCUUCUUCACGGGCAUCAGCGCGCUGUGCGACCAGGCGUGGCUGGCGCGGCUGCUGGCCGACCACACGCGGUACGACCACCGCGAGGCGAUUGAGAUGAUUAGCGUGCCGACGCUGGUCAUGGCGGGGCGGAGGUCGGGAUGUUUCCCCCUGGAGGGCAUGCUCGAGACGGUGAAGCGGGUGGAGAAGAACCGGCCCGGCCUGGCAAAGGCGUCGGUGUUCGAGUCUGGACACUGGUUGUUUUAUGAGGACCCAGAGAGGUUCAACCGCGAGAUUGCUGAGUUUGUGGAUCAGUUUUCGAAGUGA